CAGAUGACACAGGGAGGUAAUCUGCUGUUUUUGCACCCGGCACCUCCCCCUUACCCCCCCUUCACCACAGCAUGUGCCUCUGUCUACACAGGGAGCAAGCGCUAAGUGCGCUAGCCAGCUGAAUACCUUAACCUAUAGCUGUACACAGUGACAGGACGGCUUCUGUGCUUUUCUCAGAGGAAUUUGUUGCUAUGGACUUGUUAUGGACAGUUUGGUGACAGUGAGGGCGCUAAAACUUGCUGAAGAUGAGUAGUGGGGGGGACAGAUCCCUGGAGCCUCCGAGGGGUGAGUCUCUGAAGAGGAAAGACUGCCCCCCAGACCUGCUAGGGCCCAGCCCCAAGAGGAGCACGGACAAGAGAAACCGGGACCACGAGAACAAAUACAUCGAAGAGCUCGCCGAGUUGAUCUUUGCCAACAUCAACGACAUGGACAACUUCAACGUCAAGCCUGACAAAUGUGCCAUCUUGAAAGAAACCGUGAAGCAGAUCCGGCAGAUCAAGGAGCAGGAGAAGACGCCUCCCGCCAACGCGGAGGAGGUCCAGAAGGCGGACGUGUCCUCGACGGCCCAGAGCGUCAUCGACAAAGAGGCCCUCGGACCAAUGAUGCUCGAGGCCCUGGACGGCUUCUUCUUCGUGGUGAACAUGGAGGGCAACGUCGUGUUCGUGUCGGAGAACGUGACGCAGUACCUGCGCUACCACCAGGAGGAGCUGAUGAACACCAGUGUGUACAGCGUGCUGCACGUGGGCGACCACGCCGAGUUCAUCAAGAACCUGCUGCCCAAGAGCCUGGUGAACCGCACUCCCAGGUCUGGGGAGAACCCCGACAGGAACAGCCACACGUUCACCUGCCGCAUGCUGGUGAACCCCCAGGGCGCGGCGGAGGACGAGCAGGCGGAGGGCGGCCCGGAGAGCCCGCUGAAGUACGAGACCAUGCAGUGUUUCGCCGUGUCGGAGCCCAAGUCCAUCAGAGAGGAGGGAGAAGACUUUCAGUCGUGUCUCAUCUGUGUGGCGAGAAGAGUCCCCAAAGAGCGUCCGGCGCUGCCCAGCUACGAGAGCUUCACCACCAGACAGGACCUCCAAGGUAAGAUCACGUCCCUGGACACCAGCCAGCUGCGGGCCUCCAUGAAGCCAGGCUGGGAGGACCUGGUCAGGAGGUGCAUCCAGAGGUUCCACCUGCAGAACGACGGGGAGAUAUCCUUUGCAAAGAAACACCAGCAGGAAGUCCUCAGACAGGGCCAUGCAUUCAGCCCUCUGUACCGCUUCUCUCUGUCUGACGGCACCAUUGUGUCGGCCCACACCAAGAGCAAACUGGUGCGCUCCCCUGCUACCAACGAACCACAGCUCUACAUGUCCCUCCACAUCCUCCAGAGGGAGCAGAGCAUGAACCAAGACAUGCCCGGCGGCCCAGGCAACGUGAAGUCCAUGGCCGCUGCAUCCUCCAUGACCCCCCCCACGAUGGGCGGCCCUUCGUCCUCCCCGGGAUUCCAGGGCCAGGAUGCCACUGUCAGCAGCAACACCAACAUGGCUGCCGCCAACACCAUUGGGGGCCAAGGCGUGCGCUACGGGUGCCCGGGGGCAGCCAGCCGGACUCCCACCCCUCAGGGAAGCAACUAUGCACUCAAAAUGGGCAGCCCUUCCUCUCAGGCACUCGGCAGCCCCAGCGUUACCUCAGGACCUCAGGGCGCCAUCCUCUCGUCGCGCCACCGCCAGAGCCCUAGCGUAGCGGCGGCUAGCAGCGUUAGCCCCCGCGUGCCUCACCCUCCCUCGGGCCCCUUCUCCCCCGCGACGGCCAGUAGCCUGCACUCUCCACCGGGCAUGUGCAGUAGCACAGGGAACAAUCCCAGUUUGGGCAACAGCUCCCUCAAUGCACUGCAGGCACUCAGCGAGUGCCACGGGGUCUCCCAGGGCCCGAAUCAGGGGCAGUCGCCUGACAGGAAGCCAGCCUUACAGAGUCCAGUCUCUGGCAGUCAUGGUGCUAGCAUUAGCAGCAACGACAUUGGCCAGCCACCCAAGGGCAGUAGCAGCGAACCAGAUAUGUUGAGAAGAUACGGGGAGCAGGUUCACACCGAGUCCCAAGGGGAGGAUGAAGAGGAGGAGGGAAAGAGAGGCACCCCGGAUCCUUUCACCGGGGGCGGAAGUGGCCUCGGCGUCCUCGGAGAACUCACCGAAGCCCAGAACAGGCUUCUGAACAGCAAAGGCCACACCAAGCUCCUCCAGCUCCUCACCAACAAGUCCGAGCACAUGGAGCCCGGCUCACCUCACGGCAACGCGGGCGCGGACCCCAACAAGGACGCCACGUGCGGAGUCGGCAGCGCGGCGGGGCUCGCCAUGGGAAUGGCGGGGCAUAACAACCACUCCACGUCGCUGAAGGAGAAGCACAAGAUUCUCCACAGGCUGCUGCAGAACAGCACGUCCCCCGUGGAGCUAGCCAAGCUAACCGCCGAGGCGACGGGGAAAGACGCCCCGGAGUCGUCUUCCGGGGACGGCAUGGCCGAGCUAGCGGCCGCGGCUAAGCAGGAGCCUGUCAGUCCCAAGAAAAAGGACAACGCACUGUUGCGGUACCUGCUGGAUAAGGACGAUAACAGCGCACAGGAGAAAGGCAUCAAGAUGGAGCCAGGGGAAGGAAUGAAGCUAAUCCACGUCAAGACUGAGAAACAUGACCCUGGGUACAACAUGGGCGACCAGUCCAGUGAUCUGGAGGACAUCUUGGAUGACCUGCAGGGAAACCACCACCUCCACCACCACCUCCAGAACCAGCAGCUGUUCUCAGGGCAGCAGCAGCCCACCCGGCCGGGCUCGCUCCCUCCUGCCUCCAUGGACAAGCAGUCCAUCAUCAAUGACAUUCUGCAGAUGACGGAGAACAACCACAGCCCCACGGGCACCGCCACCCAGCAGCGGGCAUUCCCUGGCAUGGCCCCCGGACAUUUCAACCCUCUCAGAAUGGGCCAGCCAGGUCGAGGACCCUCUGGGCGCAGUGUGUCUCUGGACACCCACUCGAACCCCCGGCCCUUCCCCCAACCUAGAAACAACAGCCCCUACUCCCUCAUGCAACAGCAAGGCAUGAUGGGAAACCACGGGGGGAUGCCUAACAUGGGCAACGCAGGCUCAGGUAUGAUGAGUGGGGGGCCUCCCCGCCAGGGCAUGCCUCAGGCCUGGGGCCCCCAGGGGCCCGUAGGCUCAGUCAUGGGCCAGGGACUACAGCAGGGUGUGGGCCCUGGACACACUCGCAUGGUGCCCAAUGUCACGGCUGGAUUACCCAUGAGGCCGAGCGGCCAGCCCGGUCCGAGGCAGAUGGUUCCUAUGCAAAUGAUGGGAAACGUCCAAUCAGAGAUGGAGAUGGGUGGUCCUACCUACCCGCAGCAGCAAGCGCCGCCCAAUCAGACUGCUCCAUGGCCCGACCGCAUGAUGCCUGUAGAGCACGGGCCUUAUGGGAAUCAGAACAGACAAGGCUACGGAGGUCCCCAGGAGGAGGGGGGGUGUCCAGCGGUGAGCGUGGGCGAGGGCCAAUCAGACGAGGGGGCUCUGCUCAACCAGCUCUACUCCGUUCUGAAGGACUUCGAGGGUCUGGAGGAAAUCGACCGAGCCUUGGGCAUCCCAACACUGGGUCAGCCAAUGGAGCAGGACCAGUACUCCAGUCCGGAGACGGUCGGCUCGAAGCCGCUCAUGUACAGCCACUACUCCCAGGCUGCCAACAUGGCCCAGGGGGGUUACGGAGGCAUGCCCCAGGAUGCCAACUUCCACGCGGGCAUGGGCGGGCAGAUGGGCCAGCGGAUGAGAUACCCCAUCCUCCGCAUGCCAGCCAGGCCAGGGCUACGACCGGGGGGGCCAGUGCCCAGCCAGCCUAACAACCUGAGGCUGCAGCUCCAGCACAGACUACAGUCCCAGCUGAACCGGCAACCAAUGGUAAAUCAGAUGGCCGUAGCGUCUAACAUGAAUCUACCACUAAGAGCUGGUGUUCCAAAUCAGGGGACCCUGAACGCUCAGAUGCUGGCCCAGAGACAGAGGGAGUACAUAAGCAACCACCUGCGUCAGCGGCAGCAGCAUGUGCACCAGCGGGCCAUGAUGAUGCGAGCACAGGGCAUCAACAUGCCACCCAACAUGGCCGCCAGCGCCCCCACGGCGCCCCCGGCGGGCAUGGGCACCAACCCCCGGAUCCCCCAGGGCAACCCCCAGCAGUUCCCCUACCCGGCCAGCUACGGUACCGGUCUGGCCUCACCUCCUAUCCCUCUUCCCCCCUCCACCAGCCCCUUCUCCUCCCCUCUCUCCCCUGGCCUGCCCCCCGGCUCCCAGCACCAGGGGCUCCACCCCCACUCCUCCCCCCACCACCUCCCGCACGCCUCCUCUCAGAUGGCUAGCCAGGGCAUGAUGGGAAACGUAGGCGGCCAGUUUGGAGCGGUAGGGAGUCCUCAAAUGCAGCACAGUGCCUUCCAGUUCCCCAGCCCAGGUAUGAGCCAUCAACAGCAGGAACCGGUUUCAGGCUACACAGGGUCUGCCACCACCCCCCAAAGUCCCCUCAUGUCCCCUCGGAUGAGUCACGCACAGGGCCCCAUGAUGCAACAGGCCCAGGCCAACCCCUCUUACCAGCCUUCCUCUGCAGACAUGAACGGCUGGCCUCAGGGCAACAGCGUGUAUUCGCAACAAACGCAAUCGCAGUAUGCACAACUGCAACCCAAUGGCGGAAUGUACAACAGCAACAACUCCAACAUGAACAUGGGUGUUCCCAUGGCUACCAGCGGAGGUGGCAUGAGCAACAUGAACCAAGUGCCAGGACAGAUGACAGUGGGGCCUGGGGCUGGCAUGUCCUCCAUGGGCACAGAGCAGAAUUAUUGCUGACGCUGGUAAACUGUGGGUAGAUACAGUUGGCUGUUGGAACCGUAAUCCAUCAAAAGCAUUGGACCAGUCAAGUAGCCCCAUGCUGCGUGAAUGGAUUACAAACAAGACUCACCCAAUGAAGAAUACUGUACAAACUCUCUGUCAGUCCCUGAGCCGCAUUCACCUUAGUGUGACUUAGCCCCCCUCCCUCCCUCCCUACGCCCUGCUGAGCACACACACACUCUCGCACACCCACUUACACACACAUCAACGCUGUCCUGCCUGUCACUUACAGCAGGCUCACGGUCAGAUGAAUGUAUUCCCAUCAGGGGGCAGAAAUCAGACAUUGGGUUCCUCUCAUAAUUCUCCCGAAUCUCCGCAGGUCUAAAAUAAUAAUCCGCGUGGGUGCAUGUGUGUGUGUCUGCAUCCGGGCACGUGACAACUUCUAUGAUUUAAAUGUAUUAAAGAGUUGAUUUUCUUGAUUCAAGAGCAAUGUUCUUGAAUGGUUAUAUUUUAAAGAUACAGUAGUUAAUUGAAAGGUUUAUAAUAUAAAUGUUUUGCAGGUAUUUAUAGUUUUUAAAAGGUUUAGAAAUGUUCUUUGUAUGACACAAAAAGAGAUUUGGAAAUAAAAAGCUAGCUUUCUGUGUAUAUUUGAAAAUAUAUUUUAGGUCCUGUAGUUUCAGAUCAAAUGUAUACUGCUGUACUUGUUAUGAAGGUGAAUGUUGUUUAGUUGUACAUAUUAUUUUAGGCUUACGGUUUGUCUGUCUUCGCCAAGCCUAGCAUUGUAAACAACCUCUAAAACAUGUGACUUCAGUAUUGGUUUCUUAGACAAAGAUGAUGUCUACUCCAGCCAAGACUAAGGAGCCCUUUCAAUAGGGAGUCACCAUGGGCACAUGUUCUAGUCUGGGACUAGGUGUCUGGGAUGCCAGUCGUCAGAGUCUGGCUGUGGGAUUCACCCACAAAGGAAUGUUUAGCUGUGCAUCAGGUUUAUGGAUCAGGCCAAACUGAAUAUUCAAGGGUGCUCACUGUCAAGACUUAGCUUUUCUGCCCCUUGUAUAUACAAUAAAAACCUAUGUUGGUGUAUGUAAAAUAACCAAGAACUAUUAUGUAUGUUGAAACCCAGUUUCUGUGUGGCUCUCGUAUUGGCUCAUAGUCUUUAAGCACAUAGCAAGUAAAGAGGUAUCAUAGAAUUGUAUUAUUAUGUAUUUUUAGGAGAAGAAUGUGAAAAAGACUAAUUGUCUGCUUGGUGAAAUCAUGAAAUGAAGUUUGGCUCAAUAUAUUUAAUUGUGUGUGUGAAUGUGUGACCAAAAAUAAUCUAUUUUGUAGUUUUUCUACUGGUCUCAAUGACUAAUGUGUUUUUUUUUGAAGAUGACAAACCUCUCAAUUUAUUUGAAAUUUUCUGCAUAAUAGUUUAUCAGAGUUUAACAAUUUGGAAGGUUUCAAGUUUAUUCACAUUCAAAAUGGUUGUUUUAGAAUGGAUGUACUUCUCUCUCUCUCUGCAAUCCAAAGAUUUAUUACAACCAUGUAAGACAUGCAGUGUUUUUGUGGAGCGCUAUUAAGAAAAGUAUUUGGCAAUGUGUGACAAGAUGCAAAGAAAGAGUUUGAAUAACAAUAUUCUAUUAUCUUAGAUUUGACUAUAAAACAACAGCUACUUUAAACAUCUGUAAUUUUGAAUGAUCACGAAUGGUUUUGGGAUAGCCUAAAUAUGUUUCUUAAUUUAUAGAUGGCUAAAUUAUUAAUUGGUAAAUAAUUACAUGCAUACCGUAACAUGCUAAAGACAUAGCAUAAUGCCUUAGAUCUGUUUUUCUGUCUUGUGGAUUACUGUGACGUUUACAGUCGUAUCAAAUAGUGAGAUAAUACUAGUGAAGAUCGUGCAUCGUCACUCAGUGUGCUUGUCUUGCGGCAAGAGCAGACCACUACACCCCCCAUGGUAUUACCGGUUUGUUUUUACAAGCAUUUUAUUUUUUGUUCAAUCAUUGUCAUGUGUAUUUUUUGUACAGUUUGUUUCAUAAAGACGUUCUUUGAGAAGAGAAGUAUGUACACAAAACAAUGGUAAAAUCAGCAAUAUGUACUUUGUAAAAAUAGUUUUGUCUAAAAAGCUCAGUGUUGCGGUUCAGAGAUUUAUUUUUCCAGGUGUGAUGUUCAUAUUAAAUAUCCACCCUCAACGAUGUUCAUCAGUGUGAGCGUUUUAUGCAACUUUCAAGCUCACACCUUAUGCAAGCUGUUGACUGACAUUGCUUUCGCCAAUGCUGCUUGCUAAUUUAUGAUUUAUGCCAUUGUAAAUAAAUUAUUUUUAUUGAG